UGACCUCACUCAGUUGUCUGCCAGACUUUGUCGUGAACGUGUGUACUGUCCGACGCGUGCUAGGAUACGGUUUCUAAAAUUAUAUGUAUACGUACUGACAUCUUGUGUUGUGUGUGUGUCAUUUUGGAUACACUGAAUUCCAACAGACACACGUGUAAAUCAGUUGAUAUUCUUCGGGAAUUAAGUCUUCUGUUACUGAAAACAAGAGAUCGUGGGCUCUGGUGGGCGUCGCAGUUCCCAGGGACCGCAAGCAACCACCAGGCGCAGAUUGAGGAAGACGCUCCAGGCCGCAGCCAAGGCCAUGGUGGGCGUAUAGCAUGAUGCUCGGAGAGAACGUGGCGGUGGGCGUGGGCGGAGGGACUCUGCCCCGCCCACGCUCCGCUGAUAAUCUUGCCCGCCUGGCGCCCGCGUCGUCCCUACCAGCUCUCGACGACCUCGCCGAAUCCGAGGUCUUCGUAGGUGACGAGGAAGAAGACCUCGCUCUGAACGGGGAGGUGCAGCAAGGGGAGGAGAUCCAUGUGCGGCCGACCUCGCUGCAGCACGCAGACGCCCCGCCGCCCACCCUCUCCGGCGGCAGCGGCUACGACCCGCUCUCCCCGAACCUGUUCCCCUCUCCCACGGAGCCCGUCCCCGCCGCCACCAACCUCGUCAUCACCUACCACGAUGACGCCCUGCGGCUUCCGCUCGACGCAGUCAAGGAGGAGGUCGAAGCAGAGGCGCUCGAGGAAGCUAGCAUGAUCCUCUCGAGCGGCCCAGCGUCCCUCGGCCACGCGUCCCUCACCUCCUCCGUCAUCUCCUCCAACUCCCUCGACGACAACACCUUGUCCUCGAGAACGGACACUUUCGACACAGUGAUUUCUGUGCCCACCAGUGUGUCGAGUCCUCCGGUAGAAUCUCCCGCCACGACCAGUCCGACGCCCGCCAAAAACACGCCUCCCGCACGCCCGACCAACAGGGACGCUGCGAGAGUGUCGGGGACGCCGACCAGAACCUCGCCCACAUCUCCGCGAGGUUCCUCGGGACGGAGCUCCCCUCGCUCCUCCACAGAGUCACCUCGGACGCCUGAGAGACGAAGGCGCACAGUGGCGUCUCCACGCAGCGACAGCAGCCGCGGCAGCACCCCGAGGGCGCCCGCAAUGCGUUCCACACCCCGCGCUCCGGCCGACAGAAAUAAAGAGGAGAAGAGGACUCCCCUGCGAAGCUCCGCCCGCACCAGCACCACCCCGGCGUCCGAGCGCAAGGCGACCAGCGCCCGAGGGCCCGAUAAGACCCCCGGACAUUCACGCACCAGAACAGCCGAGAAGGACCUCGCUGACGACGCCAAAACCAGCACCCUAGGACGUAGGAAGAAAACCGAUACCAAAGAUACCAAGCCUGAUCAGGAUACCAAAUUUGGUACGCUCGGCCGUAAGAAGAAGGAGCCUAAGGGCGAGAAGGAGGAAGUAGCAGAGAAAUACGGGACGUUAGGACGUCGUAGGAAAGCCAAGGAAGCUUGCGACACCAAAGAUGAGAGUAGGGAUCGAGGGGGACUGUCUAAGGACAGCAAAAAUACACUGGACAUGUACGCCACACUUCCCCGUCGGAAAGCCCGUGAGAUGAGUGCUUGCUGGCGGGAGCACAUGGCAGCUGAGGAGGAUGCUUCCAAGUCCUCCCUGAGACGCACCAAAUCUAUAGGAAAAUCCGAGUCCAGUAGCGGCAGCAGCACGGGGCGGGUGCGAGGCUCUGUGAUGAGUGCCAGCCUGCCGCCCUCGGCGUUGUCGGGUCUGGGAGGUGGCAGGUCGCGCAGCCCGCGUUCUCUCCACCGAGAAGCCAAAUCUACCUCAACCUCGACGGCGAGCACACGCAAGGAGAGGACCAUCAUCUGCAUGGAGACAGCCGUCCAGACCUGCCUCACCGGAGGCGACGUGAGCUCAGCUCUUCGAGCACUCUCCAGGCAGAAUUCUGCGGCAACGGAGGAAGGGGAGGCAGGGGAGCAAGCGGAGCCAAGACCUCACGUCACUAUCAUCAGGGAAACGCCACCUCCCGAGCUGCAGCCUGACCGGCGCCACGUCGAGGUGCAGGUGGAGCUCUCCUGGCGGCUGGGCGAUGGCGAGCUGCCGGAGCACGUGCGGCGCCUCACUGAGGAGCAUACCCGCCUGCAGACGGAGCACGCGCGGGCUCGGGCUCGGCUGGACGAGAUGGAAAGCAUCCGGGAGGAGCUGGAGAGGACCAGGAAGAACCUGAUGGAGGAGCGGUCCGAGAAGGAAGAGGUUCAGAGUGAGCUUGAUAGGACCUCCCAACGAGUAAAGGAUAUGCUCACGUCAAUGGAGGGCGUGGAACAAGAAUUCAACAGCAGAGGUGACAGCUUGAUUGAGUUGGAGAACCAACUCCAUCAUUCAGCCGACAUCCACAUCCAGAUGCAGGACAAACUCAAUCAGUAUGAAGAGUACACGCUUAAAAUUAAAAGGGACCUGGACAAGAGCGUCGCUGCGCAGAAGACGCUCCUGCAACAGGUUCAAGACUUGGAAAACGAGGGCCGCGAGAUCGCCGACUUCAUGGCCGAGGAAAAGAACGCUCUGGCCGAGUGUCUGCGUGAAGCCGAGGUGGAGCUCGUCACUCUGCGCGAAAACUGCAAGGAGCUGAACGCAAAACUCAAACAGAAGGACGAGGAGGCCCGGCAGAUGGUCCGCCUUGCCGAGGAAAACAGGAAUAAAUUUAUGGUUCUGCAGUCAGAGAUGAAUUCCAUGCAAUCAAGAGCAAGGGACAUGAUGGUGUGCCAAGGAGCUGAAGUGUCCAGUGCUGCAGUUUCUCUGGCUAACCUCUCCAUGCGGCUCCAGACUCUCAUCGGCAAGCUUGUGCAGGAUUAUUCUAUCACAGAUUCUGACAUAGAGAUGAUUGUCACUCCAACUGAAUCAGACAGCAGUGCCUCUUCAACCAAUGGUACACCCGAGCGCAAAUCUCCGUACAAGGUGUCUGCACGAACACCUUCCCCACGGAAGACUGCAUCAUUUAUAACAGCUCUGCUGAAUGCUAUGCGGGGAUCACCAAGAUGCAAGAUGAACCCAGUAGGUGCUACCAAUGGGAAUAAGCAGGAGACUGAGGGCCGCAAUUCCCCAGAGGGUUCGGAGAGCCAUGACUUGGUGGAGCAUGACGGCAGCAACAGCUCAGCCAGCAGCAACGUCUCCCUCGCAGACCAAGUGACUGACGUUGAUGUCCUCCUUACGCGCUUCCUCAAGGUCUGCUGUGUCUUGAAGAACGACACGGACAACCGCCUCACCGAAAUCGAGGAGGAGAAUGAACGCCUGUGCAAUCAGAUUCGAUCUCAACAGCAAGUUAUUGAUCAACAACACUCAGACUAUGAAAACCUUAACCGCUCAGAAGCUCGUGCUAAGCGUGAGCUGAUGGUUGUUUCACGUGAUUUGGAGGUAGCCAAUCAGAAAUUAAACGAGUUUUAUAAUGCUGAUUACGAAUCACAGGUUAAGAAACUGGAAUUGGAGGUUGAACGCUUAGGCACGACUGUCCGCCACCUGGAAGCCCUGCACAAUGAGAAGGAGAAGCAACUAGCCGAGUCACUGGCUUCCCUGUCAACUGCUCAGGGGCCGGCUCCACCCAACCAUGUCUCAGAGGCAACCCACUUCCAGGAAGUUGCAACACUUAAUGAUAAGGUGGCAUCGCUACGUCAGAGUGUCAUUGAGCGAGACCGACGCAUCAGUGAGCUGAGUGAGAGGCACUCCCAGGACUUGGCAGCCUUACGAGAGGCUCAGGUUGAAGCGCAGCGGAGCAACAGGCGCUUCACUACCACAGUUGACCAUGUACUGAGGACUUUGGAAAACAUCCCAGAUAUUGUGUCCAGCAACACCACCCUCAAGCAGCUCUUUGCAACUCUUGCCGCAGCUGAGAAGUCAAGCCAGAAGCAGCAGAACGGCAAUGCCAACACUCAGAAUGGCUUUGGCAAUACCGUCAAUAAUAAGGACCUAAAUGCCAACCCCCAGUCUAUCAUGAAUGCAGGGUUCAACAACCAAAAAAUUGUUCCGACUAUUAAAGCUGAAACACAUCUUUAAUUUAUGUUUGUGAUUACUAACCCUACUGAGGAAUAGUAGGCUUUCUUUUACAUAUAUAUGUAUAUAUGUAUAUAUAUAUAUAUAUAUAUAUAUAUAUAUAUAUAUAUAUAUAUAUAUAUAUAUAUAUAUAUAUAUAUAUAUAUAUAUAUAUAUAUAUAUAUAUAUAUUUAUCACCAGUGAAUAGCACUACCAAAGCUUUAUUGAUUUUUACAUCUUGAAGAGGGCCAUGUAUUUAGAUUUAUUUAUGGAUAGCUCUGUAGAUUUCAUGGUGAUGAUGGUGUGAAUGAUCAGCAGUAUGGUUCACUUGAUCACAUAAAUGACAGUUAUUGCAAUGCAGUUAUAUUAUGUGUACUACCAGCAUGAUAUCAAAAUGUCACAUUUAUAUUUUGACUUUGUAAAUAUUUGCUCUUAUAGAAAAAAGUCGAUAGAAUGACACUUAUAGUGUACUCAAAAUAUUAAGAUCAAAAUGGAUCUUCAAUACAAAAAGACUUGUGUUCAGAUGUGAUAAUCCCAGUACACAUAAACAUGUUGCUCUUGAUGAAGCACCAAAGCUUUUGCAUACAAUUGUGAAUUUGGAAUGUCAAAUACAGUGGUUUAUUGUUACUUAAACCAAGCAGAUGGUUGUAUUUGAUUCAUAUUAUCCUUGCUAGAUGUGAUUUUUGUCAUACUGUGUCAUGUAUACAGGAAGACGUUUCUGUGUCCUAUGGUAAUAUAACACCAAGAAAUCUUUGAGUAUACAGAAUAGGUAUAAGCAUGCAUGAAAAUCUUGUAUAUUUCUCAUUUCCCUUUCUUUUUAAAGGGAUUAUCUGAACAAGCUUUGAUCACUAUUAAUUAUAUAAUAGGAAGGAAGUUUUAAGAAAUAUAGAUAUAGUCUGAAAGGGAGAAACUGAUGCUGGACAUCACCUUUAUAACAAUAGAAAUAUUAAGAUGUUAGCUAAAGGUUGAUGUCUGGUGUCUGGCUUCAUCUGUAUAGGUAAUACUGGAAAGCACCCCACAAGAUUUAUUAGUGUGAAGUUGAAUAGUUCACAUAUUUUGUGCUGUUCUUGUUAUCCAGUAUCUCUGAUCAGUGAGAGGUGAUUGUAAAGGAAGCACAAUUCUCAACCAAAGCCUUUAGUAUCUCCUUCAUACAAAGCUGAACCGGUCGGACAUAAAGCAGUUGCUUCAGUAGUGCACUUAUUAGUCUGUGAUGGAAAAAUAUGGUCUUGUUUUCACUGAGCAAUUGUUUUUCACAGUUCCAGAUUCCAGAUUGGGUGAAGUAUGGAUAAGAAAAGUAUUAUUACCCAAGGAGAUUGUUUUGUUAAUAAUUCUUUUCCUGUAUCUCCAGAAAUAUUUUAUUUUUAGAUUUUGACUUCCAGUGUUUCUUUGCAACAGUCAAAAGUGUCUUUUUGAUCUGUUUUCAUAUUUUCUUGUGUACAUAUACUUUAAAAGAAUAUUGACAUUGGAGAGGCUAGACUAGUGAGCUCAGACCUACACUUUUGUUGCUAGCUGGAGUAGUUUAGUUUUAAUGAUCUCGUUUCCUUUCUUGGUUUUGUUUGGCUCAUAUGCCAGCCUCAUAUUUUGUACUUAGCUUUUUAAUAAAGAAAUUAAGUAGG